UCAGAAGUGAGUAGGCUAUUCGGUUGCCCAAGAAUAGGUUUAGCAGAGCAUCGAUUUAGCAGGCUCGACAGCUCACCGAAGUGGAGACUCUAGAAACAAGGCAGACAUUAGGACAUGGAGGGUUUUCUUACUCCAAACUAACCCAGCAGUCAUCACCUCUGCCCGUCUUUCUCCAGAACGCGUCCAAUCAGCGUCUGUCAGGGAAGCAUGAAUGAAUGGCCACAUCCACAAAAUGACUUUCAACGCUCAGCCAACAAAGAGACGGUCGUCGUGCGCAGCUUUGUGUUGCGGUACGGAUGAGGGGACACAAACAGACGAUUUUAGCGACAGCGCGCAUAAUGAUAUUUACUGCUAGGUAGCAAAAGCGCAACUGUUUCAACAGAGGAUACAUACGCGGACAUCGACCAAAGCUUUUCAUCAAGAAACUUCAUCCAUUGCAGCGACUGUUCACUCACAAACCUGAGCAGCAGAGGAUGACUGCGGAGGAGGAGGAGGAGGAGGAGGAGGAGGGAGGUGGCGGCUGGCGGGAAGAUGGCUUCAUUACUGGGGGAGGCGGAUGGUGACGGAGCGCGUCGAGCAGCUACGAACGGGGCAGUAUGCUGAGGAGCGCUGAUCGGAUGUGUCAGCAGAGCCGACCGGAGCGCGUCACGUCCUCACGUCAACCAGGCAGGGAACUGACCGCGGCUUCUUUUGAAGAGGGCAGAUUCGCCGCGGCGCGGCGCUGACUCCGUUCGUCUCCCGAGAGACGCAGCUGGGGCCGGCGGAGGGAGGCGGGGCCCGGCAGCCUUGAUGAGGUAACAGAGGGCGCCGGAGCAGAGACAGACCCCCGCGAAAGCCCCGCCCCCGCGCCCCUCCCCGCCCCGGGCCGCGGCGCGAUGGGUCAGAAGGUCUCGGGGAGCAUCAAGUCCGUGGACGCGCGGGGCGAGCCGUCGUACCGCCCCGCCCGCCGCGAGCUGCGGGGGCCCGACUUCUGCCGGCCGGCGCGGCUGGACCUGCUGCUGGACAUGCCGGCGGCGGGGCCCGAGCUGCAGGCGCGGCACGCCUGGAACCCCGACGACCGCUCGCUCAACGUCUUCGUCAAGGACGACGACCGGCUCACCUUCCACCGCCACCCGGUGGCGCAGAGCACCGACUGCAUCCGGGGCCGCGUGGGCCACACCCGCGGCCUGCACGCCUGGCGCGUCCACUGGCCCAGCCGCCAGCGCGGCACGCACGCCGUGGUGGGCGUGGCCACGGCCGCCGCGCCCCUCCACUCGGUGGGCUACACCUCGCUGGUGGGCAGCGACGGCGAGUCGUGGGGCUGGGACCUGGGGCGCAACAAGCUCUACCACGACAGCAAGAACCAGCCGCCCGCGGCCCCGCCCACCUACCCCGCCUUCCUGGAGCCCGACGAGGCCUUCGUGCUGCCCGACGCCCUGGUGGUGGUGCUGGACAUGGACGAGGGCACGCUCAGCUUCAUGGUGGACGGCCAGUACCUGGGCGUGGCCUUCCGGGGCCUGAAGGGGAAGAAGCUGUACCCCAUCGUCAGCGCCGUGUGGGGCCACUGCGAGAUCACCAUGCGCUACAUCAACGGCCUCGACCCGGAGCCCCUUCCGCUGCUGGACCUGUGUCGGCGCGCCGCCCGGCUGGCGCUGGGCCGGGGUCGGCUGCACCAGAUCCACACCCUGCCGCUGCCUCAGUCUCUGAAGAACUACCUGCAGUACCAGUGAGGCGGGCCUCCCGGCGCCGCCGCCGCCGCCUUCCUUUCCGGGGCUCCGCCCAUCCGGGACCUGCUCCCGCCCUGACGGACAGGUGGGUGGGGGAGGGGCAUGGGAACGGGCCGGGCGAAGAGAAGCACGUACGAGCGUCAUCGCCCCCUGGAGUGGGGCGGAGCUGGGCGUGGCUCGACCCGCGAAACCCAGGGCUCUGGGGCUAAGCGGGGGGGGGGGGGGUUCUGAAAGCACACUACUCGUGGCGCGGCUUUGGGAUGUUUAUAACCGGAUUUAUCGGUCACCGGAUCUCUCAGGACUCGUAACCGCGCUGGGUCCCAUCCAGCCGCCCGGAAGCGGGACCCUGAGGUCUGACUGGGGGACCGCGUUUCACUGCGUUCCAGUUCCCACGGUCACAGCCCGCCUCGCCCUGUCGGCUCAUUGCCAUGCUGGGUAAUUAUGUGCCACAUACUGAGCACAUCACCAACCUGGACCAAUCGCCAGGAGGCUCUGCUUCGGUCAACCAAUCAGAAGCAAGAUCCAGUCACCGGGUGGCUCCUUGAGUCACCGAGCUUCCUGUUUUAUCUGAAUCAUCUUUUAUUUCAAAAGGAGGCUGUACUCCAAAGGUUACAUUUCUUUUUUUAUUUUCGAGUGUUAGUUUUUAAAACUGCUAUUUAUAUACGUGUGGAUUCUGGUUCUGAUUAUUUUAAGAAUGGUGGUGAUCAUAACUGUAAUGUGUUAGACUGACUUUUUUAAUUCUGAGGGGUUUACAAUGCAGGUCUGUACACCUGGGGUGGGGAAGACCGCUUCUGUCACCACACUUUAUUUUUAAUAAGAUGCUGCUUUUUCAACAUUAUUAUUAUUAUUAUUAUUAUUAUUUCUAAUGUCUUAGGUCUGUCAGCCUGCUUGGCUCGGACGUGUGAUUGGACAUCAUCAUGUCAUGAGAGGUAGUGGAAUGUACUCUACGGACAAUGCUGCCCUUUGCUUUUAAAAUGUGAAUAAAAAUUAAUUAUCACACCUGUA